AUGUAUCUCCCUUCCAGUGUUGUCGACUGGAAACUUAUCCACUCAAACUGCAUAACAUUUCUUCCUCGGCUUAUUGCAGACAGGGCAGCCUCGAGUAUUAUCCAAAGAUCCCACUCUGCUCCAAGAAGGAAUUACAUUAUCGUAAAGGCUUCAUUCAGUCCUUCCCGCAACCAUUCUUCAGAUCCAAACAGAGGUGGAUCGACAACCACUGUCCCUGCUGAAGAAGAGCAUGAGAUACUCGAAGAGGAAGCCGUAUGCAGAAUCUGUCUCGACACAUUCGAAGAGAGAAAUACGCUGAAACUCGAAUGCUGCUGUAAGGGAGCUCUCAGAUUAGUGCACGAAAAUUGCGCGGUCAAGUGGUUUAGCAUGAAGGGCGAUAGGCUUUGCGAUGUCUGCGGCGAGGAAGUCUUGAACUUACCUGUAACUUUGCUUCGGGUGACUGUUGCGCCGCGAAGAGAGAUCACAGAACAGAGCCGACUUAACUCUUUCGAUGCCUGGCAAGAUUUCGUGGUUCUCGUCUUGGUUAGCACGACGUGCUAUUUCUUCUACCUCGAGCAGCUACUGAUACAGGAGAUGAAGAACCGAACGCUUGCAGUGGCAGCGCCAUGCGCGUUCACAUUGGCUUUUACGGCAUCAAUUCUUGCAGUUAUUCUAGUCGGGGAAUUCCUAUGGGCUUACGCAGCUAUCGAGUUUGUUCUUGUCGCCGUUUUACUCCACGUUCUUUACGCGUUGCUUCGCGUAGAAGCGACUUAUGCCAUCCUGAUUUCGUCGAUCGCUGGGCUUGGACUCGCGGCACUCGUCAACCAUACCUACUUCAGAUUAUUCUCCUCUCGCGAUCGAACUUCCGAGACCUCCAACCAGGUAUGA